AUGUCGGGCAGUCUGAAAAGUGCUCUCCAGAAGCAGUACAAGGCGGCCAUCGGCCGCUGGCCAAAGGAUGACCUGCGGCCAGACGUGCAGCUGCCGGACAUUCUGUCCAAGCACCUGGCCGACCGUCUAGCCGGUCGCUCGCUCGCCCGGCCCAUUCUUCGUCCCAGCGGAAGUCUCGUUGAUGGCAAAGACGCGGCCGCACUGUCUGCUGUCGCGCCCGCACCGCCCUCGGAUCUGCAGCAGCUGCGCCAGAUCAACGCCCUUUUCUCUCUGCUAGACGACCGGUACAAGAAAGCGAACCGCAUCACCGGAACGCUGAUGACGCCCCGCAGCAACCCGACCUACUACACCGACCUCGUCACCGAGCUGCAAGAGGCACCCAAGCGCAGUCUGCUCGGACGCAUCUCCAAGCGUCUCGGCGGCAUGUUCCGGCUGUCGUGA